CGCUUUACUAACUGUAGAACAGAUUCUUUUAACUGCAAUGAUGAUAUUGUCAAUAUCAUAAUAAUUCACUAAAGAUUACAGAAUCGCGAUACAAGAUGGGAAAACAUUGUUCGGUGCCUGGAUGUAGGGAUCAUCAGAAGUUGAAACGAAAUCAAAGGUCAUAUUUCCAUGUGAGGAGACCAGAGCUGGCCCGCUCAGAGAAAGAGAAACAGCACCGACAAGUCCUCCAAAACUUUUUGAAGUCUGUAAAGAAUAAUAAUGACAUAUUAAGACUACAGUUUGUAAAGGAAACGGCAAAUAUUUGUGACGCCCACUUCAAACCAGAAGACCUUAUUGUUAAAGGCAAGGCAAAAAUGCUUAAAAUUGGUGCGAUUCCAUCACUUAAUGUUCCUGAAACGUCAUAUUUUCUUUCUGUGAAUUCUGUUGAUCGGUGCUAUCAUAUAAAGGAUGUUUUGAAGAUGGACAUUCCCACUUUAUUAAAACUGUUUGUUAGAAAGGUUGUGGGCUAUUUUAAAAUUCAAUACAGUUGUUCACUUGGGAGUAACUGCCACUAUAGACACUCAACACGAUUUGAACGUGAAGGGGAUAACAUAAUGCUUGAACAUCUCAAAGAUCAUGUGGAUCAAUUUAAAGAAAAGUUAGCUGAAUGUCCUAUGUAUUAUAGAAGAAGAAAAUUUCAGACAGUGUUUUGGAAAAACAAACAAGAUGAAAAGCUAUUUGAACAGCAAGCUUGGGAUUCUAAAGGAAGAAGAAUUGCACCAUAUAGGAUAAAUGAGCAAUUAAAUCACUCCAAAGUUAAAAGUAGAAAAAACACAAAACAUAUAAAAAUUAAAAACAGUCAAACUACUUCAAAUAUUCCCCACAGUAUGGAACAACAAACUACAAGUUUUCCUGUAGAAAACAGCUUUAAAGUUAAAGGUAGAAAAGAUACAAAACAUAUAAAAAUUGAAAACAGUUCCAAUACUUUCCCUGUUGAUGUAAAACCAGUGCAAAAAUACCCAAUUUACAAACGUGAAUUUGAAUCGACUGAAGUUAUGGGACCUAAAAGAAAACGGCUACAAAAGUUGUUGGAAACUAAAACUGAGGACUUAAAAACUACACAUGUAAAAUCUUUUGACAAAGAUCAGUUAUCAACAUCUACAGAAAGUUAUUUAUCACUUGAUGAUGAUAUAUCAAGUAUUAAAAUUGUUAGUUGCGUAUCCUUGGCUAGAAACAACAUUGCAAGAUUUCCAACACCAACAAAUAGCACUGAACCCAACCAAAGUGAAGAUAAACCAUCGGAUAGUGACGACUCAGAAGGAGAUAUUAGAAGUGAUAGCUCAGAUAAUGAGAGUGGGGAAGAGGAAGACGAGCAAAAAGUUCUGUUUGAUUCCCAUAGAUCAUAUUUUAUACCACAACAGAAGGAAGCCAUAAUGGGUUUACAAAAUAAUAAAAUAUCAUAGAUACAAAAAUGUCUGUUAGAUACAAAAAUGUAGUGUCAAACUGUUGCUUACCUUCCUAUUAAAAGCUGCAGCCAAUAUGGUUUGAACUUAAAGUCAUUGCAAAUUCUGAAUCUUCAGUUAAUUGACAUUGCCUGUUUUUGUAGAAUAAUGUUAUUGUUUCAAUCUGUUCAUGUUUAAUAAUUUUUUUUUACACUCUUCUUUUCUAUAGCUUAGCGCUAGUAAUUGCAUCACCUUUUAUUACAAGGUCUUUUCUCAGCUUUUCCACUGCCUUAUAAUAACAUUUUUAAAAGUUGUCAAUGUUGUUAAAAUGUUAAAUAUAAAUACUGUACC